CCAGAGAGUUCUUUUCUGAGGAUCCGGCAAGAUGGUGAGUGCUGCGAGUUGGCGCUUCUCUGUCUGGUCUAUCCAGCUCCAUCCAACCUCUGACCGUCACGCGGGGGCUGUAGUUCGUCCCCGCGGCUACGGCGGCUUGCUCCCGACCCUGCAGGCGGCUGGAUGUCGGGGCGAGGGGCGGACCUGGCAGAAGUAGAGCAGAAGAAGAAGCGGACCUUCCGCAAGUUUACCUACCGCGGCGUGGACCUGGACCAGCUGCUGGACAUGUCCUACGAGCAGCUGAUGCAGCUGUACAGUGCGCGCCAGCGGCGGCGGCUGAACCGGGGCCUGCGGCGGAAGCAGCACUCCCUGCUGAAGCGCCUGCGCAAGGCCAAGAAGGAGGCGCCGCCCAUGGAGAAGCCGGAAGUGGUGAAGACGCACCUGCGGGACAUGAUCAUCCUGCCCGAGAUGGUGGGCAGCAUGGUGGGCGUCUACAACGGCAAGACCUUCAACCAGGUGGAGAUCAAGCCCGAGAUGAUUGGCCACUACCUAGGCGAGUUCUCCAUCACCUACAAGCCGGUAAAGCACGGCCGGCCUGGCAUCGGGGCCACCCACUCCUCCCGCUUCAUCCCUCUCAAGUAGUGGCACAGCUAAUAAAGGCGCACAUGGUUCCAGUC